GAGAAAGCUGGAACUUCAGUAUCAAUCAGUUCUUACAAGCAAAAAGCCAUGACGGGAGCAGGGAGUAUUGGAUCAUCACCUGCUUUUCCAGGCUCAAUGUUGCAAUCACAGAAAGGUUUUCUGUCGGAGCCCUCGAAGCUGCACUUCACCAGGGAGACAAGUGAAGGAACUCCAUUAAAGCAAUUCCAUGAUGUUGAAGAGAUGGCCAGGAAAUUGGAUGAUCUUCUAGAAGGUAUAGAAGGUGAAGGUGGGUUUAGAGAUGCUUCCAUCCGUGCUCACAACAGUUCAGUUUUGGCAUUGGAGGAAGGUAUAGAGAGUGUAUCGGAGAAAUGCAGGAUAUGGAGAGCAGUAAUGGAUAAACAACUUGGGGAGGUCCAGCUUCUCCUUGAUAAGACAGUACAAGUUUUGGCAAGGAAAGUAUACAUGGAAGAAAUAUUUAAGCAAGCUACUGAUGAACAGUAUUGGAAUCUCUGGAAUCGCCAGAAACUAUGUUCUGAGCUGGAGUUAAAGAGGCAACAUGUAAACGAAGUUAAUAAGAGCUUGACCAGCCAGCUAAUUGAAUUGGAGAGACAUUUCAACACUCUCGAGUUGAAUAAGUUUGGCGACACUGACAGGAUACAAACAAAUAAAAGAGGUUUCCAGAGCAGGCCAGGACAACCCAGGAAUUUUCAGUCCUUGCACAAUUUACGUAAUACAAUGACAACACAGCUAGUAGUAGCAAAGCAACUUUCUGAAAGUCUCUUGAAACUAAUGACUGAUUUGAGCAUAGAUUCUCCUGCAAAAGGUCAGAAUAUUCGGAAGGAAUUGUUUGAAACAAUUGGUUUACCCUAUGAUGGUGCUUCUCACAAGUCUCCAGCUAGGGAAAAGGCUGAAAAUACACCUUUUAACAAGGAACUAUCAGUCUUUCUUGCUGUUAAAGAACGAUCCAGGAGAAAGAAGCCAAGUCCUGUGAAGAGCCUUGAGCCAGAGACAGCUAGGAGACGCCGUGACUCACUUGAUCGUGUAAUAUUCCAACCUUCUCUUGAGAUGCUGAUAAAAUUUCUCCAACUUGACACCUGGAACACCUUUAGGUGGGCCACUGCUUUAUUGCAUAAAACAUCAUAUUUCAAUAUGAACAAUUGUUGCUGUUAUUUAUAGCUGAUCUUACUACUUUAAAGCUUUCAUUACUUCACUUAUUGUGCACAUGAGGGAGUGAAUUUUAACACAGUUGUGUUGUAUAGUUGUGUAGUAUUAGACAAGGUCCCGGGCCCUGACGGAUUUACUUUGGCUUUUUCCCAAAA